GAGGAAUUUACACACCGGAUUCUAUUUCUGGAAGAAUGAUCGCCGGUACGUGGUGGUUAGCCAUGGUAGUAAUUUUUUCCACCUACAGCGGUAAUCUCAUCGCAUUCUUGACCUUCCCCGAAGCAAAAUGGAUCGUCGAGAAUAUCAAAGAUAUCAUUAACGCGCCACAUUUAAAGAUAUAUAUCGGAAAAUCUGCUCCUAUUAUCGAAGAAAUGGAAACGUCGACCACCCAUGUGAUGAACCAACUCCACAAACAAUAUUCGAUCCGAGGCCAAGGAGUACGGAUGAAUUCGUACAUCAAAAAGGAACUCGAAGCCGGAAGAGCCGUUUAUAUGGACGAUAUCUAUCAUCUGUUAGGAAUCAUCAAUAAAGAUUUCAAUCGGCACGGCCGCUGCCGAUUUUCCAUACCUCAUUACAGAUACUACCAAUUAGAAAUGUCUAUGGGCUUAAGAAGAGGAAGUCCGUACUUUCGCUCGUUUAAUCAAAUAAUUAAAGAAUUAUGGGAAACCGGCAUGUUAUCUCACUGGCAUAAAAAAUAUAGUUGGAUCGAACAGAAAUGCGAAGUGACAGACACCACUCUGAAGGGAGGAGGUAGAAACGUCGAGCUGAAAGAUUUGCAAGGGGCUUUCUACCUAUUGUGUUUAGGUUUAGCCACGUCAGUCUUAACAAUUAUCAUCGAGCAGGUUAGCCGAGUAAUCGAUAAAUUCAAACUUGGGAAAAAAUUGAGAAAAAUGAAGUAAAAUCUCGUAACUGAUUUUUACGUAAUUUCGCACCAAACAGUACUUAUUCCAAUGAUUCUGCCGUUUAUUUCGAUGCAUUAUUACCGUUCUUACUUUACCACACAAAACGGAAGAAUUACCUAACGAUUACGCGUUGUAAUUAGGUACGAGUUAGAGAUUUCUAUUGGUUAACGCGGCAUUGGGUAAUUGGAAGAUUUGUAAUUGUUAUAGUUAAGCCACCCGUCACUAGAUGGCGAUAGGGUGUUUUUAUAUAUAAAAGCUGGGUGGAAGUGCGAGGUGAAAUGGUGGCAAAAUGUCCUGUUUCGGAGAAGAUUCUAUUAAAGUUUCUAGUAAGUAAAUAGCUUAUUAUAUUGUAUGCGAGUGGGUAUAAAAAAGCGAAAUUAUUGAGAUAAACCAUUGUUUUCUGCUUACGAUACUAGAAAAACGCGAUUGAUAAUUUGCCCGGUCCAGACGCAUAUGCGAGAGAUCUUGGCUUAACACCUUAAAUUCUCUUAAAAUACGCAUUUAAAAAUAAUAAUAAUAAACGCUAGUUAUUAUUGUUAAUAAAAUAAUAAGUGCCACACCUUAUAUAAUCGUUAAAACCAUGUGUUAGAACCGUAGACACUAACAUAAACACCAACUGUUACUAUGGUAACCACGUAUAUGGCCCUAUCGAUUAUAAAAUACCUUACAUUAAAAAUUUCGGAUAAAUUAAUUUUUAUAAAAAUUAAUUAUUAUAGUCUAUAUAUAAUAAUAUAAGAAACUAUUGCGUAUUAAGAUUUUUAGCUGUGUUAUUACGGAAUGUUGGGGGAUUUAUUCUCUUUCCCGUUUAUUCUACUAAAAAAAUUACGUCGGAAUUGCCGUAAUAUAUUUAAUUAAUUAAUUAUCUGCAAAUUUGUAUGACUAAAAUCAUACAAACUAGUAGUCGUGGCCGUAGAGGGUAUCGGGGCCCU